GCCGGAAUCAGAAGCUUAACUGACUGAGCCACCCAGGUGCCCCCGAAGUUAUGAUGUAUGAAAUAACUCCUAAGUGUUUAAACUUUUAUUUUUUUUCAUAUUUUAUUUUUAAGUAAACUCUAUACCCAACGUGGGACUUGAACCCACAACCCCAAGAUCAAGAGGUGCAUGCUCCACCUACUGAACCAAGUGCCCCUAAGCUUUUCUUUUAGAUCAAAGGUCUGAUUUAAGGGUAUUAUAACUUAAAAAAUAAUAAGAUGGUUUUAACAUGUAAAUUUUGUUAAGGACUGAAUAGUAAGUCUCUAUUUUGUGGUAAAUGUUUUCCAAAGUCCUGUGGCUACACUGAAAAAGAGAGAGGGAGAGAGCGAGCGAGCUUUGCUCACGAGGCUCUUGUAGUCUAAUCGAAGAAAAAAGAAUUCCCUGCAGAGCGAAACCGGAUGUGAUCUGACGCAUCAGAGCGACCAAGAGAUAGCAAGAGGUCGUCAACGAGAGGUGAAAUACAAGCAGUGGGUCCUGAAGGAGCCGGUGGAGAGGCCAGUGAUGAGCAGCAGCAGGAAGCAGGGUUUGAGAAGGUAGCUGCUGCUUCAGCAUGGGACGCGGGCCCCUUCCCCACUCCCUGUGAGCGGCCUGGGGGCCCGGGGGUCCGCGGGGAUGCCUGUUAGCCGCCAGCAGUCAGAGUCUUCGGAGAUGGAGCCGGACGCAUCACCCGGCGGCAGGCUCGGCCACCUGAGCCGAGGGGGCAGCUUGGAGAGCGGAAGCAGCGGUUCCCGCUCCAGGAGUGUCACGCUGGAUGAUGAGAGCCUCAAGUACCUGACACAUGAGGAAAAGGAUGUCAUCCUGUUUUUUGAAGAGACUAUUGAUUCCCUGGAAGAUGAUUGUGAGGAGCAAGUCCUGUGUGACAGCGGCGUGCACUCCCACUCUCCAGGGUCUCUGGACGAGAGCGCUUCCAGUCACUCGGAGCCAGGAGAUGACAUCGAUUUAGUGCAGCCGGCACCUGAGGAGGGGGAACCCGAGUUCCUCCCGGCUGCGACUGAGACAGCAGGGGCUGGCCCUGCCGGGAAGGAAGACAGUCCUGUCCUCGAAUGCGGGAAACCAGAAGCCCAGGGUCGUCCAUCACCAGACCCCGAGGCUCCAGAGGCCCCUCCUGUGCUGCCCUCCCAGCCGGUGGCCGCCCCGGCGACAGAGCCCCCCAGGAGAGAGCUGCCGGCCUCCGCUGCUCCCGCGGAGCACCCCAAACUGCCUCGCUCCGUUCCCACCCCCCUGGUUAUCGCUCAGAAAAUGUCCGAGAAGUUGGCGGGAAGUGAAACAUUUUCAUCGGCGUCCCCCACCGAGGAGGGCAGGCCCGGGGAGUGGAGGACGCUGCCCUCGGCGACCCCUCGGAUGGGGGGCCGCCUCCCGUGGCACAGACACCCGGCGCAGCCGGCGCCCAAGGUUCACCGCUUCCCCAGCAACAUCAGCGUGACCAACAGCGCGGGGAAGGAGUUCAACAAGACCAUCUCCAGGGCGGCGGUCAGCGUGCAGGAGCGGAAGGCCCAGGUGUUGGCCAACAUCAACGGGGUCUCUUUCCUGUCCCCGGGGGACCCUGAAGGCCGGGCCCCCGGGGGUGAUCUCGCAGAGCAGGGGAGCAGCGGCUCUCCGGAGCAGGGGCCGCGUGGCCGGAGCGAGGCCGGCCCCGUCCAUGAAGCCGUGUCCGUGCAGGCCGGCGGGCAGCCCGGCGCUCAGCGGUCCCGAGGCGUGCAGACGGAACGGUCCCCGCCGCUGGCCAACGGCUUCCAGAGCAUCCACGACGUCCUGAAGAGCGAGCCCAGUGCCUUCGUCUCGACCGAAAAAACUGUCACCUUCCGUCCAGACCCGGCUCUCACCAGCAAACUCGCUCGCCAGAACGCCAGCAAGAGCUUUUAUGAGCACCGGCAGCCGGACUGCGGCCAGGAUGCUAGGAAGCGGUCAGGUUCACUGCCCAGGGCUGUGGGCUUCAGACCCCAGGGCAUCACCGUCCAGUUCUCUGGCCGCGGUUCCACAGAGGAGGCCCGCCGGGAGGCCCUGCGGAAGCUCGGCCUCCUCAAGGAGAACUUGUGAUGGAGAAUGAGACUGGGGCUGGGGAGGCUGGGUGGCCAGGGCAGGGGGUGUGCAUGUAAGGGGCGGAGCAACAGCCCCCGUGCUGUGCCCUGUGCAGGGCGACACGUGACAGGUGCCAGGACUCCGUGGUCUGGGCCGAGGGACUGGGGACAGUGAGUGCCACCCGGCUCUGUGGCUGCAUCUGAGUAGGAAUAGCCUUCUGUGAAAGACAGUCCGACCCCAUAUCUUGUCUUCCUUUCUCCGGGGGCUCAGAGAAUAACCGUUAACACCCGAAAUGCCGUCCUAUCUUUUGAGGAUUCAGAAGGAGGGGGAUUGGGUCUGAUUUGUUAUUCUUCAGUCCCUAAUGUUGACUUUUAUCCCAAGGACGUGACACGCAAACCAGUUUAGGUCUCUUACACUCAGUUAUCUAUGACAGGGAACCCCCCUCCUUUUCUAAGAAAAUAAAAACGAAAUGCCUGUUUAAUUUUUGUAAUGUCUUCAAAUACUUCUUUGGGUCUUCUGUUUGGUUCUGAAGGAUAAAGGAUGGUGUGUUAGCCCUAGACGUGCCUUUGUUUCUGGGUAGAAUUUGGUUUGCCUGUUUUUUAAUUGAAAAUUGAAGUGAAACCUUUAGAGUAUGAUUUACUAUAAUUUUGAGUUCUGGGAGUGGAAUGGAAAAGGGUGGAUUUGGAAAAGGUGGUAAUUUUCAGAAAGCAAGUCUGAUCAGACCGUGGGGGCCAUGUCACUGGGGGAUACGUGGAUGAGUGUGUAUUGUGUAUAUACGUGUACAUAAUAUGUGUUUAUAGAAGCCUAUGUGCGCGCACGCGCACACACACACACACACACACACAGGUAUCGUAUGUACACACACACACACAUUCAUUAGUACACAUACAUAAACUUCUUAAAACCCUAUCAAGUGACUACAUGAUGCGAGGCAUGCCUUCCCAUUCCCUUGACAGAUGCUGCUGUCCCAGCUGUGAUGGGUGACAUCGAGACUGGCACCUUGAAAAGGGCACAUCUCCAUAAUCAAAGUGCUUCCUCCUCACCGAUAAGUUGCUCUGUACACAAGGAGAGUAAUAGCCCAGGUAGGCUUCCAGAUAAGCAGACAGUUCCUUCUUUAGAGAAGAACACUUUUAAGAGAUGUAUCACCAAAUUUUAACCUGCUUUCAGCUUAUCACCCAAUUUUAGUUGUGCAUGUUCCAAGGCAGCUACCAAACAGACGGAAACAAAGAAAUUCUUAAGACCCCUUUGUGUUCUGGGAGCGAGACCUUGGGAUUUGUUUUCAAGGGGAAAAAGCAGCAAACUGGUUUACACAAUGUGAAAAGAACUGUAUUCUCCCAGACUAUGUUUUACAAGCUGAGUUGUAGCCACGAGCAUUAUUAAAACUAUUUAAGGCUGGAGUCUUAAGCCUCUAAAAAUAGACUGGGAAGGGCCAUGCUUUUAAGUCACGCCCUUCUGUUAUUCUGUCUCAGCCAGUGUCACAGAAUCAGUUUCUUCCUGUUGAGUAUUAUUUCAAUUCAUACUUUUAAAUGUGCUGUGAAGUGCGUCCUUUAUGGUAUUCAUAUAUAGUAUGUAUCUGCCUUAUAGCAAGUUACAUAAAAUGAUUGUCAUUUUUUUCCUUAGAACUAUAGUUUUUAGUGUCUCAUCCAGCCCGUGUCCUCCUGAAAUAAUCUUAUAGACUCUUGAUGGAUUUAAUUUAAAUAGGUGCUUUGAUUUUUUUGGUUUUGAAAAUAGUUUUUAUUGUACUCCUAUUUAUGUCGCAUUUGUUUGAAGAAGUCUUGAGGGCUGUAUUACCUUUUUACAAAGUGAGAUGCCAUACAUGGUGUUUUAAAUUAGAGGGUCUUGAUUAUGGCUGACAUUUUAAACAUCCUUUAAAUACGAGGAUUACCUCUUUUAAGUUAUCCUAUGACUUCAUUGUGAUUAAGGUGAACUUGACUAUAUAGGAGUAUAUUUGUUCUCGUAAUGACAUUUUUGGAAAAAUAAAUGUAGAGAUUUAAGUAUAAA